AUAAUUCAGGACAAGGAUUAUAUGAUAUGUCCAAGGCCAUUGGUAGAUGGGCUCGUCGUGAUAACCCUGUUUCGGACAGGGAUCCCAAGCAUUAUGACGUUAUUGCUCUUAUGAGGAAGACUCGAGGUGGAGGUCUUGCGUCGUUUAACAAUAUUUGCAGUAGAAUUGUAACCUCUGUGUUUAGUGACAACGGGAUCGGAUCAUGGACCACGCUUGCACACGAAAUUGGACAUAAUCUUGGUGUUGAUCAUGACCCAAACUAUGGAUGUGCAGAUGGGGUUAAUAUAAUGACAACAACAAUAGCUCCUGGAGUGGGAUGGUCCAACUGUAGCAGAAAUAAGUUUACCCAAUUGUUCAAACAAAAUAGAUACAAUUGUCUCAAGGACGCACCCCAAGCGAGUCCACUCCCAACUAUCUCAACGUCACGUCAAGGGAAGCUACCUGGUGCCAUUUUUGAUUUGAAACGUCAAUGCCAAAUGUGGUACAGCCCCAUUGGAAUACCAUGUUGGUGGAGGGAUUAUAAAGACUGUGUGUUGCAUUGUUCUACAACAAAAAGUCCAAACUCUUGUGAAAGCAUGUUUUUGGCUCUUCUUGAUGGUACUCGAUGCGGAGUUAGAAAUUGGUGUAUCAAAUCAAAAUGUGUUGACGAUGGCUCACCCUUGAUUCAUGGCGGCUGGAGUGAAUGGUCAGGUUUCAGUGCGUGUACAACAUCAUGUGGAGGAGGAAUAAAGUACAGAGAAAGAACUUGCACUAACCCAACACCCCAGAAUGGUGGCGAUAAAUGCAAAGGCUCGUCAAGAGAUUCUGUUGAAGUCUGCAACACUCAGCCYUGCCCUCCUCCGCAGCUUAGACACAAACUGUGUAAAGAAAGGAAAGGAGAUGAGUUUUCCUGGUAUCGCUAUGGAAAUCCAUGUAGUCUCUAUUGUCGUCGUGGACAUCUCCUUUAUGGAAGCGGAGGAGUACCGGAUGGUACUCCAUGUCAUCCGGGCAGCGGUAAAGAUGAUGUWUGCAUGAUCGGAAAGUGCACGCCUGUUGGGUGUGACCGRAAGGUUGGGUCAUCAGCUAAACUUGAUAAAUGCGGUGUUUGCAAAGGUGACGGGACGUCGUGUUCAUAUGAACGAAUUAGUGGUUCUUACACAAAACAACAUUCUCUAAAAGGAAUGAAAAAUGCGGACCURAUCGUUGAGAUACCAUCAGGAUCAGUGAACGUUACCAUCAAAGAAAGAGCAAAGACUAAAAACCUGAUUGGUUUGACACGAWUGGACGGAGCCUUCCUUUAUAAUGUUCCAACAAGGCUAAAAACAAUAAAAGAGGCCGGGACUAGUAUAACGAUAAGAGGGUCUAGGGGAAGGAAUAUUGACAACAUAUCCAUUCCUGGACCAACCACUACACCACUUAAAGCUGUGUUUGUGUACAUCAAGGGUAAAAAUGCAGGCAUAGAUUUUGUGUUCUGGACGAAGAAGAUACUGGCGUGAUAACAAUGAGUGAAACACAGAAAGAAAUAGUAAUCUGAAUAUUGUUCAAUUUCCAUUAGAAAUGGUUAUUUCAUGAAUAAACGCCGAUUGCACCUAAACGCUA